CGACAAGACAAAUCAAACCGUCGCUCCACGUAACUCAAUGCCUGCCUUUGGCCAGUAUGGAUGACAAUAGCACCCGCGUCGGCAACGCUGCUGCACCCGCUGUCCCGCCCAACGCGCCCAACAAAGUGCAACAACCGAAACCGCAGUCCUUGCCGUCACGUGCUGGUCCCAGCUCCAUUCUGGUCUCGCCGCGCCAGAAGGGCAAUCCUAUUCUGAACAGCGUCCGCUCAGUUGCAUGGGAGUACUCGGACAUUCCCGCCGACUAUGUCGUUGGCGCGACGACCUGCGCCCUGUUUCUGUCACUCAAAUACCAUCGCCUCCAUCCCGAGUACAUUUAUAAUCGCAUUCGCGACUUAAAAGGCCAAUAUAAUCUGCGCAUACUGCUUACUAUGGUCGACAUCGAGAACCACGAAGAUCCCCUGCGAGAGCUGUCCAAGACAUCGCUGGUCAAUAACGUCACCGUCCUGCUAUGCUGGAGCGCUCAGGAAGCCGGGCGCUACCUUGAAAACUUCAAAGUAUUCGAGAAUGCUGCACCGACUAGCAUCCGCGCCCAGCAGUCCUCCACAUAUGCUGAGAACAUGGUCGACUUCAUUACAGCACCUCGCAGCAUCAACAAAACAGAUGCUGUUGGCCUGGUAUCGAAUUUCGGGAGCAUUCGCACCGCAAUCACUGCUAGGCCUGAGGAGAUUGGACUUAUUGCUGGCUGGGGAGACAAAAAGGUUCAGCGCUGGUGCAACGCAGUGAGAGAGCCAUUUAGGGUCAAGCAGGCAGCGAGACGGGGCAUUAGCCGCGACGAUACCCAAGCGACCAUGUCAAGGGACAUCUCGCUGGCAGAAGGUGAGAACCAGACACCGAUUCGAACUGAUACUGAAGACACUGCACGUCGAAGAGUAGACGAAGCAGUGCCUCUCGCCGCGGAGAUGGAGGGGGCCAGGUCUGCCGUGGUUGCCGAGUCAGAUGCAGACAAGCGACCUGACCAUCGUCCUGCUGAAGUUGAACAGGAGGCCUUGGGUGAGAUUAACAUGGGUGGUGUAGGCAUUCGUCCUGAAAGUCAGACUACUGCAUCUAAGAUAGCAAAGAGGAAGCAAACAGAGGAGGAGCUGAGCGAAGGCGUUAUGGCAGCACUAAGCAAACUAAGAAAGCAGUAGUCGAGGCUCAUGCACAUAGUAACAUAAUCAUAAACUAAUACCAAGAAGCGCUUAGACCUCAGGGACUACCUGUUGCGCUAUCGCAGUCUAUGGAUAUUCUUUGAGAGUAGGAAGAUCUUGGAUUCCGUUGAUACACUGUUUUUUUGAGUCAACAUUCAAUCAGGGUAAACAUAAUUCGAUUUUCACGCAC